AUGUUGUCCACCCCACGCUUCUACAUGGGCAAACCCAAACCCUCCCCCACCCCAAACCCUCACACCACCACCUCCCGCACCUCCCGCCCCAACGCUUCAACCGCUUUCGAGACGCUCGCCGAAGACGACUCCAACCUCCCCGAGUACCGCCACGACAAGGACGUCUGCCCCGUGUGCAAGACCGAUCGGUUCCUCAACCCUCGCCUGAGGUUGUUGGUUAGUAGUUGUUAUCAUCGCAUGUGCGUAGCACUCCACCCUCAGCGAGCUUCGUCGGAUCGAUCACCCACCAGCUGAGUGUGGGUCUCUUUGCAUGGACCAGGUGCGAAUCGUGCAUCGAUCGAAUCUUCACCUUGGGACCGGAACCGUGUCCGGUCUGUGGGGUCACGAUUAGGAAAGCGCAUUUUCGGAAACAGGUGUACGAGAACUUGCACGUCCAGAGGGAGAUUACGAUUCGCACGAGGAUGGCUAAAAUGUCAGUGCGGCAGGGGGCGCAGAGAGUGAUUCUAGCUCUAGCUUGGGAUGAAAGCCCAUUCGCUGAUACGUCGAUGUGCACCCGAACCCGAACGCAGCUACAACAAGAGGGAAGACGACUUUCAAGACGUCAACGCGUACAACGCCUACUUGCAAGAAGUCGAGGACCUCACUUUUGACCUCUUGAACGAGAAGGACGUGGAAAAAGUCGAACAGUUGUUGGGGCGGUACCGCGCCGAGAACCAGGAAUCGAUCCAGCUCAACUUGGAACGAGGGCAGGCGGAGAGGGAGGAGAUCAAGAAGAGGGAGAUGCAGCAGAGGAUGGAGAAGGAGGAGAUCAAACGAGGGUAUGAGAGGAUGGAUUUGGAGGAGAGGGAGAUGAAGGAACGUGAUCGCAAAAAGGUCUUGUUGGCUUUGGUGGGUUGUGUCAUAAGGGUGGUCGGCGAUUUGAAACGUCCUCCUGACCGUUUCACGUUGUUCGUAUGCCCCAGACCUCAUCGGAAAAAGACGCCGAACAAGUCGUACGCGCCGUACGAUCCUCGGCGCUCAAGCGCUCCACAGCGCGCCUCGACGCCGGUCCGAUCCUGCAAUCCUCCCUCCGGUCCCUCAACGGACUCAAAUCGACCGACCCAAUCCUUGAAGACCCUUCGCUCGACCCUCACGAUGUACUCUCCGAUCUGGCGAAUUGGGAUUCCUAUUCCGAUUUGUACGAGAUCAAAGGACGGCAUCUCGUCAAGGGUGGCUAUGCGGAGGAUCUGGGGUUGGGGCGGGAGAAGAGGUCGAAUGACGUCGCGGGUUUUGUAGCGGAGCAGGUGUGGGAAAAGUGCAUUAGGAGUGCGGUCGCGGGUUUGUGGUUGAGGCCUGUGAUGGAGGAGAGGAGGGCGGCAGAGGAGGAAGAUGAUGUGGAGGGGAUGGAUGAGUGA